AUGAGCACCAUCCCCGCUAAUUCACGAAUGAAUGGCCAUGAAACGGAGAGAAUGUCCAAACCGGAGAAUCAGAGUCCUUCUCGAUUUACUGCGGUGAACGGGAAGGAUACCACAAUGUCGGGAAUAGCUGAUUCGUCCACUGCAGACUUAUCGAACGCCGAGGAGCAGGGAGAUUCGUUCGAAAUUCAAGGAAGAAUUGAAGUUGAGGCCGCGCCUCGACCUGAUGAGCGUGUUCGCGACGGUGGAAUUAUGGGAAGCGACCAGGACGAACAAGCCUCCCAUCAGUCGUUAAACUACCAGGCUCCAUCAUUAGCAAUACAGAAAGCGAACAAGAGGAAGCGAUCAGAGUCGGGUGAAAGACAAAGCGUUUCUAUGGCAGUUUCUAAAGGUCCUCGAAGUCCAGUCGGAUACACAGACGAGGCUUCCGAUUCUCAUUCGCAUUCAAAUGUUCUUCACCCUCCGGGGUCACCACAUAACGAUCAUGAGGCCAGAAACGCUCCACCCUCAGUAGUUCGAUCGGAUAGGCAUGAGGGUUCCCGACCCUCGUCUCUGAAUACUCCGAUAAAUGAUUACGACUCCCAUUUGGUGCAACAGGCACAACGCGCACAACAAAUUGAUGCUUCCGAUGCUCAAUUGGCAGAAGUACUUCAGCGUGAAUCUCAAACGCACGAUGCUCCAGGUACGGUGCAUAAAUCUUGGGGUACGGCCAAUCGCUUGGCAGAAGAAUCUACGCAAUCAGAAGAACCCUCUGCGAUGUCCACCUUUGCACAAGAACGACCUCAGGCCGCCGUACAAGUUGCUCCGAAACGGAAACGCGUGUUUAGCAACCGAACAAAGACAGGUUGCAACAAUUGUAUCAGGGGCGGUUUCCUCUGUGAAGGUUAUUCUUCUCGAAGUACAUGGCAAAAACCAUCGAGUGCGAAAACCCCAGUGCCGCUGCAAUCGAAGGAAGGAUAUUCUGAUGUUGGGGGUCAGUAUGUGCACGACUUAAGCCAACCUCACGAGCGGCAGCAAGUCUUGACCGAACAGAUUGAUUCGGGAAAGAUGAGAGCAAUCAUCAGCGACGAGUCUGACCGAAAUGCGGGUCCUUUCAGUGCAAGUCCCACGGGAAUCAGCUCGACUCGUGGGUCAUGGUCCAAACGAAAUUGGCCCAAUGCAGGCCAUACUGCAUUUAUACCGGAUCAUAUGUCUAAGCCCGACUAUCGAGAGGUCCCAUCAAUACACGAAUUGUCCUGCGAUGGACAUCCUAAAUCGGAUUAUCAGAUCGUUCCAUCGAUUCGAGAUAUGCCACAUGGGUCUCAUCAGAAGCCCGGGGUAUCACUUUACCAGAGUGGUCUUGACCAGCGGCCAGCUCACACGGGCAGCGUGGACGCAAGCAGCCCACAGGCACAGGCUCGGAUGGCAUUGAGCAUCGAGCAUCAGCUCUCAUCCCGCACUGUGCCUGGAGAUGAAUCAGAGAAGGACAAGAUGAUUCGUGGCGAGCUAUAUCGCCCUUUCGAUAUACAUCUUGUAGAGGAACGAGAGCGUUGCAAAGCCGCCCUGUGGCGCUUCAAUAAUGCAUGUAAUCCACUAUCAGGGUUAACUACGAAGGAACAAAAUCGCUUGCUAAAAGAAGUUCUGGUUCCCUCAGGCUCAAUCGUUGGAUCUCCUUCAAGUAUGAGCGCGCCUCGACCCGCGGGAUCCAUUGGACAAGGUGCUGUUGUCGAGUCGCCUUUCCAAUGCCACUAUGGAUUUAACAUUCACAUCGGUGAAGACGUCAUGAUAUCUGAGCACUGCCUCUUUGUGGAUGAUUGUUCGAUCACUGUCGGUGCUCAUACGUGGAUAGGGCCCAGAGUCACUAUUCUCAGUUCAAUGGCUCAUGCAAACAUGCAAGAACGGAAGGGUUCCCAGAGUCGCUAUCAAGGCCGUCCUGUGACGAUCGAGGAGGACUGUUACGUGGGUGCUGGCUGCACGAUUUACCCAGGGGUACGUCUCCGGCGGGGAGCAUAUGUGGCUCCAGGUGAGGUAGUGAAAUCUGAUAUUGUAGCCUACGGUUUUCAGGGUCUUAAACCGAGCUACAUGUGA